CAGUGGGAAGGGGCUGCUUGCUCCUGGAGCCCAUCAUGUUUCUGUCAGAACACCGGCUGGCUGAAAGAGGAUAUUUGCUGCUCUGGCUGCUCCCAUCUGUUCUCAAAGCCCAGCCUAGUGCGGAGGUGAGCCCAAACCCUCUGCCAUGCCAGCAGAGCUCAGUUCAGGUCUCAUGCCAAGGUCUUGGCCUCCGCACAUUUCCAGAGAAGCUUGGCCCUGGGGUUAAGCAGCUCGACCUCUCUGACAACUUCAUCCAAAACCUGACGGAAAGCUGCACAUCAAAGUUAGGGCAGCUAGAGCACCUCAACAUGCAUUUCAACCAGUUGGCAACUGUGUCAGAAAUGGCCCUGACUCAUCUAACUCAUCUUCACUCUCUGCUCCUAGCUGCAAACCACCUUGAUAGGAAUUACUUCACCAAUGGAAGAGCCUUCGGGUCACUGAGGAAUCUAAAGGUCCUGGACCUUUCGGCAAAUAAUUUGGACAGUGAUAUGGCAGCCUGGUACUUCAGCAAUCUCACCUCUUUAAAGAAACUGGAUCUAUCCUGGAACAAGAUGACCAGGCUGCCAGGGAGCAUCUUCCAGGGAACUCAACAGCUAAGAGAGAUCAACCUUAACAACAACUACAUCAUGGAAAUAGAGGAAGGCGCUUUUGAGGCUCUGGUAAGUCUAAAGGUGGUGAAUUUAGCCAUGAAUUCGCUUCACUGUAUCUCGGGCUUCAGCCUCACACAGCUGCAAGUUUUAAAUCUCAGCUACAAUGCUCUGGAGUUCUUUGUUACAGAGGAGAGAAAGGAGCAGUACCAGCUUCAGGUGCUAGAUCUGAGUCAUAACAAACUGAUUUACUUUCCAGAGCUCCCCAAGGUGCAUCGCCUCACACACUUAAACCUCUCUGAUAAUGCCAUGGUCUCUUUGGCACCAAGUUCCACCAAUACAGCAGAGUUCAGACUGUGGUAUGAUGAGAUGGCAAGACCUAACAUAUCCUUGAAUAUUUACAAUGCAGCAGCUGGACUGUCAAAGAUAACUGACUUAGAUCUCAGCAGUAACCUGUUGUAUUUGUUCCCAGUUACUUUCCUUCACAAUCUGAGCUCCCUCCAGAAUCUCAAUAUGGCUAAGAACUGUCUCCAUAAUAUCGCUGUGGAGUCACCUCCUGGUGAUAUGAAAAGCAAGGAGCCAGGCAUGAUGCAUGACAAUGCCUUUCUGUCAGUGCAAUCAUUGGAUCUUCAAGGCAAUUUCAUUCAUUCCUUGCCACAGUGGUUUUUUGGUAUUCUGCCCAAACUGGAAACACUUGACCUUGGUUCUAACAGCCUCCAGCCUUGUGAGAGCCAGAAUGCUAAUAGAAGAGAGAUACCAAUAGGUCAUAACUCAGCUCAAAGAGAUAACUGUACAUCCUUCUGUGACAUACCUCAGCUGAAGUAUCUGAGUUUACGUAGGAACAACAUUGUGAGGCUAUAUCCUUUCAUGUUCAACCAAACCUCUUUGGUCUCCCUGGAUCUGUCUGAGAAUGAAGACUUGUUCAUGCCAAAAGGAGCUCUGGAGGGUCUGGAAUUCUCCUUGCAGAAGCUCUCUCUGAGAGGAAACCAGAUGGACAAUAAAAAGACAGAGUUCCCUUGUCUGAAGAUGCUGAAAAAGUUGGACAUGUCAGACAACAAGUUGAGUCUUUUGCCCCCAGACCUGGUCUGCUCUCCACUGGAAAACCUGAACAUUCGGAAUAACAACCUCCAGGCCUUAGAGAAACCUGCCACCAUGAGAUGGUCCAGCAGCCUCAAUCAUCUGAACGUUGCUGGCAAUCCCUUUAGCUGUUGUGCACUGAGCUGGCUGGAAAUUCUACAAGCUGCCCGUGUGAGUGUGUUGGAUCUGAAUGAAACUCUGUGCUCUUAUCAGGACAAGAACAGGAACUUCUCAGCUAAGAUAGCCAACAAGCCCACGUGGCUUUGUCCUCAUCAGAUAGGAAAUCACUACCUGAUGGUAUUGGUGGUGGUGAUCACUCUUUGCUUUCUGUUUCUCAGCUGCGGGAUGUUCUGUCAUCUGAAAAAGAAUCAGAAGCUGUCAAAGUAUCUGAGCUUCACAAGCAACAGGGUGGACCCCAUUCCUUAUCAUCCAAAUAAGGAAAAGAGAACUGAAGAGAUUGUAACAGACAGAGUUACAGAAGUAUAGUACGGGGCAGGAGAGGGAGAAUAAUAUUUAUUGUAUUUUAGGCACCUGCCCCUCACUAUUAAAGGCUUCACAAACAAGACAAUAAAACAUUCAAAAUCAAAUCAAUAUUCUGUGCUCCCUCCUGAUGCAAGCAGCUUAGACACAUGCUGUAGCCUCCAUGGACCAUCUCUCCAUACUGUUUUUUUGUGUGUGCAAGGGAUAACUGCUCAUUGUGGGAGCCGUGGAAAUAUUGUUGUAUUUACAAAGAAUUCCCUCAUGGGUUUCCUGCCAUUCAAAGAGCAGCAACCUUGUUUCAGGGAUCUCCCCCUCCUGCUUCACAGCUGAACCUACCCUCUUCUGUUUGUGAGCAGAUAGUUAUCUCCACAGCAACAGAAUUUUUAUUCUACAGAACUGUUGUUCAGCAUUCUCCAGGAGUUGUCACUUGGCUUUUCAAUAGGCAAAUUUAAAUACUUCUUAGUGUCAACCUAGUAAACAAGAAGCCCCCCACCCCUUCUUUCCCCCCUGCAAUAUGAGGGCUGCAGAGUCAUGUGAAACGCCCCUUGUAAGGAAGUUUUAGGCCUGGUCUACACCUAAAACAGGUCAACCUAGCUACAGUGCUCAGAGGUGUGAAAAGUUCACACCCUGGGAGAUUUAGUUAAGCUGAGCUAAACCCUGAUGUGGACACUGCUAGGUCCUCAGAAAAAUUCAUCUAGCAACCGCCUCUCAAAGGAGGGGAUUUACCGCAGCAAUAGAAAAAACCUGUCCAUCACUGUAGUGAGUGUCUCCACUACAGCAGCUGUUUGGCUGUAGCACUUGAUGUGUAAACAAAUCUGUAGUGUAUUCUCCUGUAAGGGCCCAAAACACAACAGCUUACAGUAUCAAAAAUGGCCUUGUGGGGAAGGGGGAGAGGGUGAUUUCUGUAGAAUCCCAGGAUGUUGUUUAAAAACGUGACUCUCCCCUUUGUUGACACUCCUGUCCCUUGAACUUUCAUCCAAACCUUUGUGCUGAGUUGAUGCUUCUAAGUGGCUCUGAGCAGUGCAGAGUGUGCCUGAGGGUGGCUUGCCAUGUUCUUGGCCAUUGUGAUAGGAAUGAUUCUACCUCAACAAAAAGAACCCGAGUUGAAAAUUCUCUGCCUCUCUGUAGUCAAAACCCCUAAGCUUUUCAGGUCAGCGUGCAGGCAGAGCUUGAACUAGGACAGCCAAGCCACCAUUUCUAAACUCGUCAUAAGCCUGCAGUGGCUGUGACAGGCUGACAUCUUCCACAAUGACAGGAGAGCGCAAUUGGGCUGUCUAGCUCCAGGGAAAGCUGCCCCCCUCCCCACCCAUGGAAGUCAUCAAGGCAAGAGCUCCCAGUCACUGUUCUAACCAGUAACGCUCUCACCUUUGGUGCUCACACUCCCCAGAUAAUCAGCAAUCGAUUUAAAAGAUGCUGCAGGAGCAGAGUCCUGAAGCUGAGGUGCUGAGCAGGGCCUGGCGAGUAGGGGACUCUGCUCCUGUGGUACUGAGGUACUGUGGUACUACAGCUCUCUAACCGCCAGGUUACUCCUUCUGGGACUCAGGAAGCCAAAGAGAAACACUCAUUAGCAUCAUGGGAGUUGUGCUUGAGCUCAGACACAUUCAUUCGCUGCCAGGCUUGCUGUGACAAAACCCAUUGCUUUUCAGGGUUCCUCAGUUCUAGUCUCUGUCACCCCAGCCAGCCUGACACUGAGUGCGACACCCAGGAAUGUUUACAAGUCGAGCUCUACACAUGUCUGGGGCUGCAGAGUACCGCAGAGUGAGUGGGGUUUGGAAAAGGUUUAAAUUAUUCAUGAAUUGUCAUUAAAUGAUUCAUUGUAAAAUAAAGGACACU